UGACGAUGCUGCACUCCACCUCUCCGAACCAGUACGGCGCUGGGGUCCGCUGCCUCUAUGACAGCCAGAGCCAAUUUGUCGAGGGGCGGCAGGAGCGGUACUGGCGGCCCUGGAGGCAAGCGUCUCCUUACCGUGAUCAGGAGCUGAAAUUGCAUGACUGGUGCUGCAACCAGGCAGGAAGUGCCCAGCUCUGCGCCAUGUACAGCGAGAAGAGACCGAAAAUUGGCUGUGACAGACACCAGUCACCCAGAACCAGUGGGUUUCCAGCCUUCAGGGUGAUGCUAUCUUUAUGCUGGGGCUAGGACUGGGGGAGACCAGCUUGGCCUCCAUGUGGCUAAUGCAGUGACAGCCCACGAUGGGUGCGAGAAGGGUUUUAGGGUGUCCGUGCCUGGGCCCUGCCCUGACGGAUUUGGCAGGUAUCUGCUCUGCCUGGGUUUAGGCUCCUUCAGUGGAGACUGGGAAGGGAGAUGACAGCAGAGGAGGGUUUGGAGCAAAGUUCCAGGUUAGGAAACCCUUUGCUCCCCAAGAGAGCCCAGAGAGGUGACAUGACAAGCCCAGGAAAAAGCUUGGCCAAUGAGGGGGGCUCCUUCUUGCUGACACAGCCCAAAACACCUCCUUGGUGGGUUGCUGAUGGGUUCAAGACCUGGGAACACAAAUGCCUGCUGCCUUCUGCAGUGUCUGGCACCGGAGGCUUAGACGGGGGCUACCUGGGAGAGCAGUUCAUGCACCAAUGUAGUCUGGAGGUGAUGGCACCAAGAGGGGAGGAGAAAUGGA